GAAGCAACAGCUGAGGCAAACAUCAAUUUAGUCCACGCCAUAAUAGUUACUACUAUCGCCUGCCUGCUUGGAGCAAUGAUGGUGCUCGUCCCAUACAUUGUAUAUGCCAGAUGCUCGUCAGGUCGAAAUAGGAGCCACCGCUUGGUCACUGAACCUGGGCACGACUCAAAUCAGUUUGGCAACGGCGUAGGUGGUGCAUGCGCUGUGCACAGACAAGAAACGGGAAGAGACGUGUCAGAGACGAAAGCGGAUAAAUUGGAGCGAGACAGAGUUGAAAGAAAAUCCUGGGCCGACCUAGCCAGAGGCCAACCACGAGUCACUUUCGCUAGGGAAGACAGUGGAGACCCACCAGAAUGGAUGGGGAGAACAAUCUCAGCUGCACCUACCCCUCCACCUCACAGAGGCAAGUUGGAAUACGACAAAACAAUGGCCAAACAACGGCCAGCAGCUCAAGCAUAUGAAGGUGCGAUCAAAACCUAA